AUGGCUGGGAAGUUGGAAUUGGGUCCUCCGAAGUCUGAUGUUUCCAAUCCGAAGGAACAAGCGGCGAGAAAGAUACUGAAAAUUGUUCGAUCUCAAGGGCAUCCAUAUGUGGAGUUGCGUGAGAAUGGGAAGAAAUCCAUUUAUUUCUGUACUUUGUGUCUUGCACCGUGUUAUAGUGAUGAUGUUCUGUUUGAUCACUUGAAAGGUAAUCUUCAUAAGGAGAGAUUGUCUGCUGCUAAGGUGACCCUGCUUGGACCGAAACCAUGGCCUUUUAACGAUGGUCUUGUUUUCUUUGAUACUUCUACUGAAAGUGAUAUAGACUUGGAAGUUGCACAUAGUUACCAAAACAGGUUGUUGAAAUUUAAAAACAAUGACAAUAGUCUUGCUAUUGUGAAGUUUGAUGAAGGGGUUCAGUCAAAUGCCGAACCAUUGUCGAUUGAUGGUACGCAAGAUGAUGAGUGUGGACUAGUGAUUCCUCAUAUGCUGAUCGGAGAUGAAAUAUUUGAUGUAAAAGUUAGCGAAGUGGGGUUGGGGAAGAUUGCUGCAAGAUUUCUUGAGAAGUGCAGCGCGUUGAAUGGAAUUAAAAGAAUAUGGUGUGAAUGGUUAGGAAAAGAAAGUAAUGAUCAACAAAAUUGUAUUGAGGUUCUAGAGCAUGAUUUUGCAAUCGUAAUUUUUGCCUAUAAUUAUGAUCUGGGCCGGUCCGGUUUGCUUGAUGAUGUCAAGUCAUUACUUCCGUCUGCUUCUGGUGGCAGAAAGGGGAAGCUAUCAUUGUCUGACUCUGAUGAUAUUAGCGAUUCUUUAAACAAUCAGUAUGAUUCGUCUGCAGAAGAGUCGUCCGAUUCUAACAAUUCCAGCUCACGAUUGACACUAGAUCAAUUCAACAAUCAUCUUCUUUGCACAAGGUUCAUUUCAAGCAAGGCAGUGAGGAAAGAAUUGAGACGGAAGCAGCGGCUGGCAGCAGAGAAAGUGUGUAACAUCUGUCAACAAAAAAUGCUUCCUGGAAAAGAUGUAGCUGCACUUUUGAAUUUGAAGACUAGAAGAGUAGCGUGCAGCAGUCGGAAUAAAACUGGGGCAUUUCAUGUCUUUCAUACAUCCUGCCUUAUACAUUGGAUAAUCUUGUGUGAAUUUGAGAUAAUCACAAAUCAUUUAGUCCGUCCAAAUGUUAGACGAAUAGUGAAGAGAAAGAUUGCGGAAGAUGGUGAGAAAAUUGGAAAAGAAAAAGAUGUGGGGAAACAUAUAAGGACUGUAUUCUGCCCAGAGUGCCAAGGUACUGGAAUGGUCAUUGAUGGAGAUGGGGUUGAACAGCCAGAAUUUUCUCUGUCUCAGAUGUUCAAAUUCAAAAUAAAGGCAUGUGAUGCACGCAGAGAAUGGAUCAAGAGCCCCGAAGUUUUGCAGAAUUGUUCAACUGGGUUUCACUUCCCUUCACAAUCAGAAGAGAUAUUUGAGGAAAAAGUGGAACCCAUAAAUUUGCUGCAUUUUUAUCGUGCUGAUGUUCAGAGUGGGACAUAA